AGCAGCCAGAGUAGUCUACUUCAACCUGUUCUCCCUAUCAUAAAAUAGUCACGGCCUAGUAAGCUUCUGUUUCUGGUAAACAACGAGACCAUUCUCGCGUUUCUUUGUCUUGUAAUCUGACGUGUUCUGUAGCGCAUGAAUUACGACAAAUAAAUUCGAUCCUACGAAAGACCGGCUACCAGUGUGUUCUUUAAGUGUUUUUCGUGAAUUUACUCUGAAAGCAGAAUCUAGUGUGAUAGUAUCUUCUGAUUUGCUGAAUCAUAAUGCAGUUACGUUGAAGCUACACGUGGAAGGGAAGUGAAUGUCUUUAAGCUGAUGUUAAGAAUCACAAGAUUCAGGCCUGUACCAAUGGCGACCCGAGGACCACGUGCGUUGAGUAUUUCGUUUUUACUAUCUGCCGUGUAAAGUGUAGAUGUGUGUCAGCGUAAAUUAUGCUAGAUACAUAAAUUCAGGUUGUGAAUACUGCAAUGGAGAGGGACUGGUUGGUGUUAUUGGAGUGAAUUUUGAACCCAAAUAUCCUGGAUGUACCUGUCAGAUGUCCUUAAACGGGGGAUCAGCAAUUCAUGCCAUACGUUAUCUUCGCGAGGGGAUGGACUUGUGGCCGCAGAGGACCUUUCAGACAUACAUCCAUCCAUCCCACUUUCCAACAAGCGUUUGUUUUGUGCCUUCGACUCGGUCUAGUCCUACCCUAAGGGCUAGUAGGGAUUGGAAGAAGCCUUCCCCAAACCUCAGAACAAGGGAACCUUCUUUCUCCAUCCUCGCUGCCAUGGUGCAUCGCCGGGGACGGGUUAAGGGCUGUCUCUGCCGGUGGAUGGACAAGUUGGAAGGCGCCCAGGAACUCGAUUAUCGCGCGUAUCCACUCCAUGUCCGGAGCCUGACGUGAACCCGUGGACAAUAUGUUG